GCCCCUCGACACGAGCCAAUUUAUCGCCCUUCCGUCGCUUCGGCGGUUCAGCCCCUUUCCCCCACGCUCCGUUUCGCCGGCCGCCGCCGCCGCCGUCUCCCGCCGCGCUACCUCGCCGACGACAUGCCCGAAACCGCGGCGGAGACCAACCUCCGUAGGCAACUGGAGCAAACCCUCGCCGCCGAACCCUCCAGCCCGCUCCACCAGUACAACCUUGGCGUCUUCCUAUGGGACCGCGCCGAGGCAGAGCAGGAGGGUGACGGGGAAGAGGCGCGGAAGCUCCGCGCGGCAGCGUCGGAGCAUUUUCUGGCGGCGGCCAAGCUGAACCCCAACGAUGGCGUCCCCUUCAGAUUCCUGGGCCACCACUACGCCCACGGCGGAGACAAUCAACGAGCGGCCAAGUGCUACCAGCGUGCGGUGACCCUCAACCCUGAUGAUGCUGAGGCUGGGGAGACGCUCUGUGACUUGCUAGAUGUUGAAGGGAAGGAGAGCUUGGAGCUUGCUGUGUGCAAGGAGGCAGCUGGCAAGUCACCGCGUGCGUUCUGGGCUUUUCGGAGACUUGGCUACUUACAGGUUCAUCAGAGGAAAUGGUCAGAGGCUAUACAAAGCCUUCAGAAUGCAAUCCGAGGUUACCCAACAUGUGCAGAUUUAUGGGAGGCACUUGGUCUGGCAUACCACCGUUUGGGCAUGUUCACUGCAGCAGUAAAGUCAUAUGGACGUGCUAUUGAACUUGAUAGUUCCAGGGUCUUUGCAUUGAUAGAAAGUGGAAACAUCCAGUUAAUGCUUGGUUACUUUAGAAAGGGAGUGGAGCAGUUUCGUUCUGCUUUGGAAAUGGCUCCAUGUAAUCAUUCGGCAUACUUUGGCCUUGCUUCUGCAUUGCUUGCAUGGGCAAGGAAUUGUAUAACUAUUGGGGCCUUUGGUUGGGCUGCUAGCCUCUUGAAGGAAGCUUCAGAAGCUUCCAGAAUUUGUACUUCUUUCACUGGAAACCUUUCCUGCGUCUGGAAAUUGCACGGAGAUGUUCAGCUCACACUUGCGAGAUGCUUUCCAUGGGUGGAUGGGAAGAUCAAAAGGGGCAUGGAUGCACAGAUGUUCAAAGAUUCGGUUAAAGAGUGGAGAAAUACAUGUUUGUCAGCAGCGAAUGGUGCAAAACUCUCAUAUCAACGUGCUUUGCAUCUUACUCCCUGGGAAGCUAAUGUUCACAAUGAUAUGGCUAUUUGUCUUGAUCUAAUUUGUUCCAUGGAUGACAGCAACAUACUCAACCCCAAUGUUUGGGAGCUGCCAGAGAAAAUGUCACUGGGUGCCUUGAUGUUGGAACCAGUUAAUAAGGAUUUUUGGGUUACUUUGGGUUCAAUGUCAAGUUAUCUGGCUUUGAAGCAGCAUUCUUUUAUUAGGGCACUUCAUCUCGAUAUGUCGUUGUCUGAAGCUUGGGCAUGCCUUGGAAAGAUUUACAGACAGUCUGGUGAUAAGCAAUUGGCAAAACAAGCAUUUGAUCGAGCUCGAAGCAUUGAUCCUUCGUUGGCCUUGCCAUGGGCUGGAAUGUCGGCGGAAAAUUAUCACCAAUCUGGGAGCAGUCCUGUAAAUGAAUCUUUUGAAAGCUGCUUGAGGGCUGUGCAGAUCCUACCUCUGCCAGAGUUCCAGAUUGGUCUUGGAACAAUUGCUGCCCGUUCUAGUAAUCUUCUUUCACCUCAGGUAUUGAUGGCUGUAAGACAGGCUGUUCAGCGAGCACCUCAUUACCCAGAGUCUCACAAUUUAAAUGGCUUGAUUUCUGAAGUGCGAUUAGAUUUCCAGUCUGCAAUCACAUUUUACUUGCAAGCGAGAUUUGCUUUAGGCAUGAUGUACAAUUCCAAGUCAGACAAUAGACAAGCUUUUGCUGAUGUUUCAGUGAAUCUUGCCCGUGCACUAUGCAAGGCUGGUUUUGCAACUGAUGCAGUGCGGGAGUGUGAAGAGCUGAGAUCUCAAGGACUGUUGAGUGUUGAUGGAUUGCAGAUAUAUGCUCUGGCAUUGUGGAAAACUGGACAAAGCAAGGAAGCUCUUUCUGUAUCUAGAAGCUUGGCUGAAAAUUUAAGUGGUAUAAAGGCGGAGAGUGCAACUGCAGCUUGGGGAUUCAUAUGCACCUUAAUGUAUGGAAUUUCUGGGAAGGACUCUGCAGCUGCCAUCAUUCACAAGCUUCCUGGUCAACUCAAUUAUAACUCACAGUUGAAAUUCAUUGUCUCUGCAUUGGAUGCUUUGCAUCCAACCAAGCGUCUCCAGCUGCCUCAGUUGAAUAUGCCUCCUAAGCAUACAGCUUAUGAAGUGAUGAGUGAAGUACACUCGAAUAUUGCUCUUGGGAAGGCUAUUGGUGCGGACUUUGACAAGCCUCUGAGGGUUGAUGGUAGUUUGUCUUACCUGAAAAAAGUUCUGCACAUGUAUCCCGACUGCAGUUUAGUGAGGAACCAACUUGGAUCCCUGCUGCUGUGGAGUGGAGAUUGGAUGGCUUCUCAUAAAGCAAUAAGGGUUACCACUCUGUUGUCACAUGGACACGCAUCCAGUAUGGGCCUAAGAUCACCACAUCAUGUUCAAGCCUGUGCAAUGGUUUCUUGCUAUGCUACCUGCCCAAAUUACGCAAAGUUCUCUUUCGCAACAUGUGAACACCAAUACCUAAGUGGACCUGAUGCAAUACACCACCUGCAAAGGUGGGUUCAUUGUGAACCAUGGAACCAAGAUGCACGCUACCUGCUUGUGCUUGCCAUUUUCCAAAAAGCACGGGAAGAGAGGUACCCCAAACAUAUCUGUGUUAUUCUGAAGAAGCUCAUUAUGCAAGUGCUGUCCAAUAUUAGCAAUCCACAUGAGAAAGAAGCUAUGCAGUAUGAGGUGUUCUUGCUACUUCUUUUGUCAUCAGAGGUCUGUUUGCAAUCUUUAGACUAUGAAAAUUGCAUUGCCCAAGCUAAAGAAGCCCUAAGAACCACCCCGUCGAGCCGUGUGGAUACUUUUUUUGCACACUUGCAACUGUGUCGGGCCUAUGCGGUACAAGGGGAUCUUUUGAACUCCAGGAAUGAGUACAUGAAAUGCUUGAGAAACCAUACAAAUACUGAGAUUGGCUGGGUAAUGCUGAAGCAACUUGAAUCUGCAUGUUCAUUGGAGGGCUCUUCUGAUGAAAUAGAUAUAAAUCUGCGUGAAUGCAUUAAAAGGAAUGGUAGUGACUCAUCGAAAUGGGCAUCCCUUUUCAAUCUGGCGUGUGCUCAGUGCUUUCUGUGGGAUGGAAACUUCGAAAGCGCUGAAAAAGCUCUUGCUCAGGCAUGCACUCAAGUAGAUCCGGAUAGCUGCAUCUUGUUCCUUAAUGGUGCAACCUGUAUGGAGAUUGCCCGGAAGUUUGUAGCUCCUCAAUUUAUAUCCCGCGCAGCAUCCAGCCUCAGAAAGGCCCAGCAGAAAUCACAUGCUUCAUUACCUCUCGUGUCACUGCUACUGGCUCAAGCCGAGGGCAGUCUUGGCUCCAAAACCAAGUGGGAGAAAAACCUUCGCCUGGAAUGGUUCUCGUGGCCCCCAGAACUGAGGCCUGCGGAGGUGUACUUCCAAAUGCAUCUGCUGGCGAGGCAGUCGGCUGCAGCGGUUUCUCAGCAGAACCAGCUGGUGGAGACGAUGCAGAGCCCCGAGUUGUGGUUGCUUCGGGCGAUUCACCUGAACCCGUCCUGCCCCAGGUAUUGGAAGGCUCUGCUGCAGCAAAUUUAUCUCAACACGCUGGGCGCGGCGGCCGUGCUGGCCUUCUCCACCACGGUCCCGCUGUCGGAUGUCGCCUUCGCGGUGCUGCUCCUCCCCUACCUCCUCCUCCUCGCCCGGCUCGCCUUCCCGCAGCGCCCGGGCAAGCCCAACCCGGCCGCGCCCGUCUUCCCGGGCGCCGGCGGGCGGCUCACCCUCGCCGUGCACACCGCGGUGGGCUUCGUCGUCGGCGCCGCGCUCCCGGCGCUCUACAUCCUCGACGGCCUCCGGGCCGGGGACACGGCCGGCGUCGCCGCCGCGGCCCCGCACGCGUUCCUCCUCUCCGCGCAGGUGUUCACCGAGGGCAUCGCCGCCGCGUGGCCCGGCACGUUCUCGCUCCCCGUCAGGGCCGCCGUGCCCGUGAUGUACAGCGCGCGCAGGAUGUUCGCGGCGUCCGAGUGGCUGCGCGAGGAGCUGCAGGAGCGCGACGACCUCGGGCGUGGCCCGCCCGUGCCGCAGCGGCGGGUGGUGGCCGGCAGGGCGCUCGCGGCCGCCAACCUGGCGUUCUGGGGGUUCAACCUCUUCGCGUUCCUGCUGCCCUUCUACCUGCCCAGGGCGCUCAGGAGAUACUACCUCGGCAGCGACCAUGAGGAUGACGGCGGCGCACACGCACACUUGAAGCAGCAGCAGCAACCGCAGGAUGAAGGGAAGAAGGAUUCGUAGAUCAGGUUAGACUACAUGUGUGAUUAGUAGCGGAACAAGCUGUACUACCUGUCUCUGUCUCUGUCUCUCUGCCAUCAUUAUGUAUGCCAGUAGUUAUCUUGUUUGAUGCAUGCCAAACUUUUUUUUGCUCCAUGUUAUUACCAGACGAGCAACGCUUACAAACUGCUAAUACUAUCUUCUACUACUAUCAACAAUUUUAUUCAA